AUGUUGUCUGCUUUCACGGCUCGGCCUCUCGUCGAGCUCAAGCAGCGGGACAAGUCCAGAAUCGAAUCGGUCCUCGCAUACGGCGAUCGACUCCUCGUGGGGCUGAACAAUGGCAAUCUACGAAUAUACCGCAUAAACGAAGUUUCUUACGAUGAGGAGGGUACCGCCAACACCAACGGCGGGGUCCAACACCACGAAGGAGGCGAAGGAGAUACGGUCAAGAAGGGCGAUGAUGGAGUUAGGCCCGCAACAGCAAGUUCACCUCGGGCUACGAUACCAAAGACGAAACCAACCGACCUCCUACGCGAAAUUGAGAAGUUCUCCCGGUACAAAAUCGAGCAACUGGCCCUGAUCAAGGAGGCCAAGCUGCUCGUCUCGUUAUCGGGCGGCUACGUGUCGAUCCACGACCUGCAGACGUACGAAUUGCACGAGCAGCUCACCAAGACGAAAGGCGCGACAACGUUUGCCAUUACCUCGAAUAUCGUGAAUGAUCCCGAGACUGGCGUGCCAUCGAUCGUGUCUCGGGUUGCGGUCGCUGUCAAGAGGAAGAUACUGCUGUGGACAUGGCGGGAUAUGGAGCCGGAGAAAGAUACAGCGGAGAUGGUUCUGGUUAGUGGGAUUAAAACACUUACUUGGAUAUCUGGGACGAAGCUGGUAGCUGGUCUUGGAUCGAAUUUCGUUAUGGUGGACCUUGAGAGUUCAUCGGUCACAGAGCUUGUUGGGCCGGGGAGUAUUGGAGGUCUGGGUGGUCAGGAGACUGGGCGGUUAGCUGGUGUUGGGGCUGCUAGUAUGAGUUACAUUGGGAUGAGUGGGAUGGGUCCGAAGCCUCUCUCUACGAGACUCAAUGAAGGGCAGAUACUGCUGGCAAAGGACAUCAACACGCAUUUCAUCGACGCAGAUGGCAAUUCGCUGGGUCGAAGACAAAUACCGUGGAGCCAUGCACCAGCAGAUAUCGGAUACACGUAUCCAUUCCUACUUGCGCUGCAUGAUGCGUCCAAGGGUGUGCUGGAAGUGAGGAAUCCGGAAACUCAGUCGCUGCUUCAGUCCGUCUCGUUGCCAUCAGCCAAUCUCAUGCAUAUCCCCCAGCCUACGAUCAGCCUGGCCCAUGCCGGAAAGGGGUUUUUGAUUGCUAGUGAUCGGGUUAUCUGGAGGAUGGAAGCUCUGAGCUACGAUACGCAGAUCGACACUCUAGUUGAGAAGGGGUACCUGGACGAAGCAAUCAGUUUGCUUGCCAUGCUUGAGGAUGCACUUCUAAAGGAUAAACCCGGCCGGCUACGCCAAAUAAAGCUCGAAAAGGCCGAGGGCCUGUUCAACGUCAGGAAAUAUCGGCAAGCGAUGGACCUCUUCACGGAAGUUUCGGCUCCUCCAGAAACUGUUAUUAGACUCUAUCCUAAGUUGAUUGCUGGCGACCUCUCCAUCAUCGUCGAAGAGGAGGAAUCCGAGGAUAGCGGAUCGGAAGGCUCACCCAAGCCGGAGAACCAGAAUAAUGCGACUUCCGAAGAUGCUACAAGCCCUACCAGACUGACGCACGCUCCAUCCAUGAGGUCCAUUCUCCGAACAAGAACUGACGGCUUCGAUGACGCGGGUAGCAUCCGUAGCAAGCCUGUCGAGGAAGACAAGCGUCUAGAAGGAAAAGACCUCAAACUCGCCGUUCGCGAACUCCAGGCGUACCUUGCUGACGUCCGGAGGAGGUUUCAGCGAUUCCUCAACCCUGAUGGCUCACUCAAGGUCCCGGAUCCGCCAACUAACGCUGCGGAAGAUGAGUUCACUGAUUCCGUCGUGAAAUUGCUCGACUUCUCGCGAGAUGAGCGAGAGGAAAUUUUCGCCGAGAAACUUCGGGAGAAGGCAAGGCUCGUGGACACGACUCUAUUCCGGGCACACAUGUUCGCGACGCCCUCCUUGGCUGGCUCGCUAUUCCGCAUCGCAAACUUCUGCGACCCAGACGUCGUAAUGGAACGACUAGAGGAAACUGGCCGCUAUAACGACCUUAUUGACUUCCUCUACGGCAAAAGGAUGCAUCGUCAAGCUCUCGAGCUCCUGCGGAAAUUCGGCCAAGCAGAAACAGAAGACGAGUCAGUUCCGCAACUGCAUGGACCUAAGAGAUUAGUCGGAUAUCUGCAGAACCUGCCUCCAGCGAAAAUCGAUCUCAUUCUCGAGUUUGCGGAGUGGCCAGUGCGAGAGGAUCCUGAGCUGGGGAUGGAGAUUUUCGUGGCGGACACUGAAAAUGCAGAGACGUUGCCUCGACAUCAGGUCCUGGAAUUUCUUGAGAAGAUUGACAUUGCCCUGGCUGUUCAGUACCUCGAGCAUAUCAUUGGGGAGCUGAAUGAUACGACGCCAGACUUGCAUUUCAAACUCUUGCUUCAUUAUUUGGAUCGUCUGAACAAAGGGGAAUUUGCGGGUGACGACGACCGUGCCGAAUGGCACAACAGGUUCUUGAAGACGCUUAGAUCGAGCUCGCAGUAUUCUCCGGCUAAGAUGCUUGAUCGGCUGGAUCGGAAUGAUCCUGAGUUCUUCGAAGCGAGAGCCAUUGUGUUUAGCAAGAUGGGACAACAUAAACAGGCUUUGGAGAUUUACGUGUUUAAACUUGAGGACUACGCCAAAGCAGAAGAGUACUGUAACCACGUUCACAAGGAGGACAUAGCCACGAAAGAAGCUACGCUCGAUGGGGAAAAAGACGAAGCAAAAGAGGAACCCUCGUCAAUUCAUCUGACAUUGUUAGGUCUCUAUCUCGCCCCACCCUAUGGAAAUAAACCACAAUAUGGACCCGCGCUCGAGAUACUCGCAAAGCACGGAUCCCGUCUCCCUCCCAGUUCCGCCCUAGAUCUCAUCCCCAAAUCACUACCGGUCAAAGAACUAGAGUUCUACUUCAAAGGCCGUAUGCGAGCCGCCAAUUCCAAGUUCAACGAAAGCAGGAUUGUGGCGAGCUUGCAGAAAGUCCAAAACGUCAAGGCGCAGGCGCAAUUGCUGGUCGGCGAGGGCAUUGACCCGAAGUCUUCGAGGUCGAGGCAUGUUACUGUGACGGAGGAGAGGAUUUGUGGAAUAUGCCACAAGCGGCUUGGAGGAAGUGUGAUUAAUGUGUUUCCAGAUAACACGGUUGUUCAUCUCGGUUGUGCGAAUCGACUGUCGACGACUACCUCAUGA